GGAGGGUGCAGGACAUUGCUGCUCGUCUAUAUGAGGACGGGGUUUGGGCUGGGGGGCCAGCGGUAGCCGAGAGAUUCCUUGUCUUUCCUCUAAAAGGAAGGUGGGUAGUUUGGAGAGAGAUUGAGACAGAGGGUGGAUGUGGCAGCCAAGCAGCCGAACUCUCAUUUAGGAAAUCGCGACCCAUUUGCACAGCUUGCGCUCAGGUACCUAAUACUACUACAGCUUCUCAGAAAACACCUUCUGCGGGAAGGUUUGACUUCUCUCGAACCGUCUCCGUUUUCCUGUUUUUAAAAGCUUAACUGUGGAAAGCUGCUUGGAUACGAAGAGAUGGCAUGAUGUGAAUGACUCCAGUGUGAAGAAAUCUGCUUCGCCAACUCAUCCUGCAUCAAGUGCCCAUUGAACAGCACUGUCCCUUUAAUGUCUCCAUGCCAAGGGAUUGCUUUCCUCCUUUUCAGUCCUCUCCGUUAAUAAAUGGGAGGAUCAGAAUCAGAGGGGCUGUAAGGAUCAAGCCCGAGGGGCUUGGAGAGCACGGGAGAAAAAAAUGAAAGUGACACGAAGCUGGAUCCUGUCUUACUAAGGGGGUGAGAUCUGAAACUUCUGGUCCAGUAAAUAGAAAGGGGCCUUUCAGUCUGUGUUCUGCUCCAGAAAACUGUUCAAAUUCACCCACCUUUUUAGAGACCACAAAGAGGUUGUAGAAAAGUGUUUUUUGAGGGGAGUUAAAUUUUUCUUUAAAGAAGUGAGAAUCUUCAUCAACCAGUUCAUCUUAGAUUUUGACUAUGUAUUGGGUAAUGAGACAGCUGUGUGAAUUUGGUUUGUGCCUUAACCGAUUUAGUCACUGAAUUCCAAAAGUGUUACUUUCUGAAGAGGAGUUUUAAUAACGUUUUCUGUGCUUACAAUAAUUUUCUCAGCUUUUUUAAAACAAUACUUAUUUUAUAAAAAUUGAUAAACUUGAGAAACUCAGAAGUUAUUUUUCUCUAAACUGGGCAGUGUCAAAAGCUUAAUUGUGGAAAAAGAAGAGAAGACAGCCUGGAUUUCAAAAUUAACAGUGAGGUGGUUUGCAACAGUUACCUGGCUCUUGGCCUUAAUCUAGCUGGAACAAGCUGAGAUCUGAAAAGAGACGUGAAUCCUGGGGCAGUGGAAAGACCCAAGAAUGCCAGUCAAGAAGAAAGAUACUGAUCGAGCUUUAUCAUUACUGGAAGAAUACUGCAAAAAAUUAAGGAAACCAGAGGAGCAGCAGUUGAAAAAUGCUGUUAAAAAGGUGAUGGGUAUUUUUAAAAGCAGCUUAUUCCGAGCUCUGCUAGAUAUUCAAGAAUUUUAUGAGGUGACAUUGCUAAACUCUCAAAAAAGUUGUGAGCAGAAGAUAGAAGAAGCUAAUCAAGUUGCACAGAAAUGGGAGAAGACAUCCCUUCUUGCUCCAUGCCAUAAUGACCUUCAAAAGUAUGCAGAGCUUACAGGUUGCAGUGAGCCAAAGGAAAACACUUCAUGUAUUGAACAAAAUAAAGACAAUCAGUGUUUUGAAAAUGAAACCGACGAAAAGAAAAGGCAAAACCAAGGCAAGUGCCCAGCCCAGAACUGUUCAGUGGAAGCCCCUGCUUGGAUGCCUGUGCACCACUGUACUAAGUAUCGAUAUCAAGAUGAAGACGCUCCACAUGAUCAUUCCUUACCUCGACUAACCCACGAAGUGAGAGGCCCUGAACUUGUGCAUGUGUCAGAAAAGAACCUGUCUCAAAUAGAAAAUGUCCACGGCUACGUCUUGCAGUCUCACAUCUCUCCUCUGAAGGCCAGCCCUGCUCCUAUAAUUGUGAACACAGAUACUUUGGAUACGAUUCCUUAUGUCAAUGGGACAGAAAUUGAAUAUGAGUUUGAAGAAAUUACAUUGGAGAGGGGGAAUUCUGGCCUGGGCUUCAGUAUUGCUGGAGGGACAGAUAAUCCCCAUAUUGGAGAUGACCCUGGAAUAUUUAUUACGAAGAUUAUACCAGGAGGUGCUGCUGCAGAGGAUGGCAGACUCAGGGUCAAUGACUGUAUCCUGCGGGUGAAUGAGGUCGACGUGUCAGAGGUUUCCCACAGCAAAGCGGUAGAAGCCCUCAAAGAAGCAGGGUCGAUCGUUCGGCUGUAUGUCCGUAGAAGACGGCCCAUUUUGGAGACUGUUGUGGAAAUCAAACUGUUCAAAGGGCCUAAAGGUUUAGGUUUCAGUAUUGCAGGAGGUGUGGGGAACCAACACAUUCCUGGAGACAACAGCAUUUACGUAACUAAAAUUAUAGAUGGAGGCGCUGCACAAAAAGAUGGAAGGUUGCAAGUAGGAGACAGACUUCUCAUGGUAAACAACUACAGUUUAGAAGAAGUAACACAUGAAGAGGCAGUAGCAAUACUGAAGAACACAUCAGAUGUAGUUUAUCUAAAAGUUGGCAAACCCACCACCAUUUAUAUGACUGACCCUUAUGGGCCUCCUGACAUUACUCACUCUUAUUCUCCACCGAUGGAAAACCAUCUACUCUCUGGCACGAGUGGCACUUUAGAAUACAAAACCUCCCUGCCGCCCAUCUCUCCAGGACGGUACUCACCAGUUCCCAAGCACAUGCUUGUUGAAGACGAUUACACCAGGCCUCCGGAACCUGUUUACAGCACUGUGAACAAACUUUGUGAUAAGCCUGCUUCUCCCAGGCACUAUUCCCCUGUCGAGUGUGACAAAAGCUUCCUUCUCUCAACUCCCUACCCCCACUACCACCUAGGCCUGCUCCCUGACUCUGAGAUGACCAGUCAUUCACAACACAGCACUGCAACCCGCCAGCCUUCAGUGACUCUGCAAAGGGCCAUCUCCCUGGAAGGGGAGCCCCGCAAGGUGGUCCUGCACAAAGGCUCCACUGGCCUGGGCUUCAACAUCGUGGGCGGGGAAGAUGGAGAAGGUAUUUUUGUAUCCUUCAUUCUGGCUGGUGGCCCAGCAGACCUGAGUGGGGAGCUCCAGAGAGGAGACCAGAUCCUAUCCGUGAAUGGCAUUGACCUCCGUGGAGCAUCUCAUGAGCAGGCUGCUGCUGCAUUAAAGGGCGCUGGGCAGACGGUGACGAUUAUAGCACAGUACCAGCCUGAAGAUUACGCUCGAUUUGAGGCCAAAAUCCAUGACCUACGAGAGCAGAUGAUGAAUCACAGCAUGAGCUCCGGGUCUGGAUCCCUGCGAACCAACCAGAAACGCUCCCUCUAUGUCAGAGCCAUGUUUGACUAUGACAAGAGCAAGGACAGUGGGCUGCCAAGUCAAGGACUUAGUUUUAAAUACGGAGAUAUUCUCCAUGUUAUCAACGCCUCUGAUGAUGAGUGGUGGCAAGCCAGGAGAGUCACACUGGAGGGAGACAGUGAGGAGAUGGGGGUCAUCCCCAGCAAACGGAGGGUGGAAAGAAAGGAACGUGCCCGAUUGAAGACAGUGAAGUUUAACGCAAAACCUGGAGUGAUUGAUUCAAAAGGGGACAUCCCCGGAUUAGGUGACGACGGUUAUGGAACAAAGACUCUGAGAGGGCAAGAAGACUUCAUUCUUUCUUACGAGCCUGUCACAAGGCAGGAAAUAAACUACACCCGACCGGUGAUUAUCCUGGGCCCCAUGAAAGAUCGGAUCAAUGAUGACUUGAUAUCUGAAUUCCCUGACAAAUUUGGCUCCUGUGUGCCUCACACUACGAGGCCAAAGCGUGACUACGAGGUGGAUGGCAGAGACUAUCACUUUGUCAUUUCCAGAGAACAAAUGGAGAAAGAUAUCCAAGAGCACAAGUUUAUAGAAGCCGGCCAGUACAAUGACAACUUAUAUGGAACCAGUGUGCAGUCUGUGAGAUUUGUAGCAGAAAGGGGCAAACACUGUAUACUUGAUGUAUCAGGAAAUGCUAUUAAACGGUUACAAGUUGCCCAGCUCUAUCCCAUCGCCAUCUUCAUUAAGCCUAAGUCUCUGGAACCGCUGAUGGAGAUGAAUAAGCGUCUAACAGAGGAACAAGCCAAGAAAACCUAUGAUCGUGCAAUUAAGCUAGAACAAGAAUUUGGAGAAUAUUUUACCGCUAUUGUCCAAGGAGACACCUUAGAAGACAUCUAUAACCAAUGCAAGCUUGUUAUUGAAGAGCAGUCUGGGCCUUUCAUCUGGAUUCCCUCAAAGGAAAAGCUAUAAAUUAGCUACUGCACCUCCAGCAGCAACAGAAGAGCAUUUAGAAGAACAAAAUAUAUAUAAUAUACUACUUGGAGGCUUUUAUGUUUUUGUUGCAUUUAUGUUUUUGCAGUCAAUGUGAAUUCUUAUGAAUGUACAACACAAACUGUGUGAAGCCAUGAAGGAAACGGAGGGGCCCGAGGGUGGGACAGAAAGGACACUGCAGUUUGCAGGAAGGCUUUGGUUUGCUCAAAGUACCAGGUGUAGGGAUGAACCUCUGAUGGGCUUUCCGCCCGAGACGGGCAGCCUCCUCACCCCAGCAGAUGUCCAGAGCUGAUUUAGCUGCUGAGCUCUCUGUGUUUUAUGCUUUAAAGAAAAGUUGCCAGCCAGCACUUGAACUUAACCAACCUUCCCAUUCCCCACAUCUGUAAUUGGUACACUUUGAAUUUUAUAACUAUGCACAUCCUUUGAUUUCCUAACAAGCAAAAGAAAGAAAGAAGGAAAAAAAAGGAAGGAGUCCUUUUGGAAACAGCAUAAUAUCAGGGAAGAAUAAAUGUGUAGUUUCUUUGACUGGCAUCUGCAAAGACGAGCAUUUCAUAAAAUGCGCAAGUGUACGGAGGACUGACCUUACUGAAAGGAGGGAAUUCCACCUGGGGUUAGCUUUAUGAUUGUUUAUUGUCUAUUUUGCCAUUUAUAAACUGAAAGAAGGCACUAAAGAUGAGAAUAAUUUAUACAAUAAAAUAUAUUAAAUGUAUAGAGACAAAUUUCUAUAGGUUAAAAAGUUUUGUGAAAUAUUUUGUAAAGGCUAAUUAAUUGAAAGACUAAAUGUAUGCACUAUCAGCAGAUGAUCAAAUUCAAGAACUGAAGGUUGGACUUUCCCUUUCGUUGCCAAUGAUCCAUUAAGAGCAUCUGAGUUUCUUCUAACGUCUCCCUCACUUGCCUCCCAUGAUCUCCUUUCCACUCUCAUGGAGCACAUCCCUUAAUGAGUUACCCUCAUGGAUAUUUUUGGAAGACAUCUGGUUAAUGCAUUUUUAAGCUGAUGGCUUUCAGAGACAAACUCAUACAAAUGAUCUAAAGGGAAGUUUUUGCUUUUCUCUUGUUAAACAACCUGGGCCUGCCAUGCAAAUUGUUUAAUAACUUUGUUGCUAGUUAUUUACAUAUAACUCAUUGAGUAUUUUGGCCAACCAUGAAUAAUUAGGACUUUUUUUUUUUUUUUUGGUCUGUUUCACAAGUAACCAAGGGUUUUUGUAAGAGCCAGAGAUGGUACAGAGCGAUGGAGAGAUUUGUCCCAAGAUGCACUAUUUCUUUGAGGAAGAGAGAAAAAUAAAAGAAUCUGGUUGGGGGUGCAGGAUGCAGACUUUUGUUUCUGUGUCUAGGGCAAAAAGAACCACAAAGAAGGACAAUUAAUGACUUUGAGCUCAACCAAUUGAACUGCCUUUCUUGGGGGCUGCACCUGGACCAAGUUUAUUUUUUAGCAAUUAUAGUAAUUAUUUGAAAAAAAAAACUCCCAAAGCCUAUAUAUCCCACUUUAGAACUGAUGGUGACAUCAGCACUGCUUGUGCCCAAGGUGUUUAGAGAGAGACUUUUCAGUGAUCUCAAUAACCACUCAACUCUGGGUUCCAUGCAUGCCCAGCCUAAGCCCCAUCGCCUUAUUUCUGGGGUACAUCCAGACCUGGCAGGGAUUCUGCCACACUGUGCAGCAAACCAGCAUGCAGGCUGGGAGGGAGAGCAAGAGAUAGGGCCAUCAGCAGUGAUGGGGCUUCUUCACAGGAAGAACAUUAGAGCUCAGAAUGAGGGUCUCUUUCCCAAAACAAGCAUUGUGCAUCCUACACUAAACACCACCAUCUGCCUGGUGGCAGUCACCAAAAUAAACACAAAACUGCAGAAAUAUGCAUCUCCCUGUAGUCUUGAGGCUGCCUUUCAAGGCAAGGGCCAGCAAUGCAUUUGCCCUUGGAUGAAAGUGAAAAUUUCCAGAGACUUCCUUAGAGUGGGCAAAAUGGUAAAGAUGUGUCCAUGUCUGCAAUUCGCCAGUUUCAGGUCAAGGCCUACUUUCAUCAAUAUUGCUGCCAGAAGUUUUCUGCCACCAGAAUGCCAUUCCUGAUCCCAGCUCUAUUUUUAGGCCACCAUAACUUCUUUGGUUUCUCAACUGAGCAUGCAACCAUUUAUUUCAAGGACUGUCAUUAAUGAGUAGAUGUUUCCGCGGGUCGUGUGAUGUGCUUUCCCUUUAAUAUUAAGUAUUGCUAUGGCUGAGUACAAUCAAAUUGAACAACCAACCCUUGGUUUUGUAGUAAUAUAAUUAUUUAUUUUCCUAGUGUAGAUGCUUUCGGAUUAGAAUUGGCAUUUGCACUGAUUUUUUUUAUGUAGAUUUAUAUAAAUAUAUACAUACAUAUAUAUUUGCUUGAAGACUCACCAAGCAAACUGGUGAGAGAGUCUUUUCCUGUAGAAUUUACACCUCCAUUUGUAGUGUUGUCUAGAGCUUCCCAAUGUUGAGGUCUCUAUGGCUCCAAUGGAUGGAUGUAUUUUGCAGCAAAUCUGAUGACUUGUAUGGAAAAGGCAUGAAAGUUACCCAGAUUACAUCUGGUGCAAAUGCACAUGGAGCCUGGGGCCAGACUGGUGCUAACACUGCAAACUUUGUCUGGAGCUCUCUCCAAUCAGAAGACUUGCUGGGGGCGCCACGUCACCUUCCCAUGCUGGGCCCUUUCGGAAAAGUGCCAGAUCGUGUCACUGGUGCUAUUUUUCAUGCUCUGGUACAAUGUGUAGCACCACGGGGGUCUCAGCUCUACCAAAAUCAAAAUCCCAUUUGUCAGCUAAUUGCAGGGGCAUUUGUAUUUUUCUCUCUUCCCAUGGGAUUUGUUGGCCAUUUCCUUGCAAGCCUUUCCUCCCAGCCCCAAAUUCUUGGGUUGACUCUACCUGUUCAGUGAGCCCAUCUUUACGAAGCUGCACCCAGGUGCCUGUGAGCUGUCUUAGAUCCUACUGCCAGCCCUUUAGGACUCUGCACCGGGGAAGAGCUCUCCACACCCGUGGCGCUCACCUCUGGUUGUCUCAUUCUUUCCCUCUGCUCCCCCGCCUAUUUCUAUCUCAUUCCAUCACUAUUUUUGUGCACCUCUUUUGCCCUUCCUGCUUGUCUUCUCCGAGCUUCUGACUUUUUCCUGUAAUCUUUCUCUACUCCCUCCCUGUCACCCACCAUGUCUUCAUCUCUUCCUUCAUCUCAGUCUCUCCCUUUCUUAUUCCUCUUUCCCUUCUUUUCCUGUCCUUCCUCUUCUCCCCACAUCUCAUCACAUCCCCUCUCCCAUACCCCACGCCUCAAUUCUUCUGUCCUAGAAGGGCUCCUGGCUGAUCCAGACAGCAAGUCCCCACACGGGACUGAUGACACAAAUACUUUGGGUCACCGUUUCACCUGCACAGCCCAGGAAGCCAAGCUGAGCACGAGGGGGGCCUGGAGCCAGCUCCAGCACGCCUCCCCGAGCCGGCCUGCACCGCUGCCCUGGCAGCGAGGAUGCACGUGCUCUGGGCCCUGCGGGCACCGGGCGCCUCUCUGCCUGAGGGCAAUCCAGUGAGCGCUCUCCCAGCACCACCCUGCGGCUCUACUUACUGCUUUCAAUAAAGGCAGACUUUGGCCCCAGUAAGUACUCUCCCAGCAAACCUCUUCCUUCUCAUGGAAGCCAUGCCAUCGCCUUGGUUUGGAGAGAGACUUUUUUUUCCCAUUCAUAAGCCUUCUUUUUCCCACUUUCACGUGAAGCCCCCUCUGCUUUUCAGCUGGUGAUUGCUCUGGUGAGAUUGAAUGGACUCGCUGGUGAAACAUCUCUUUUCUCCUGUCCUGGGCCUGCCCAAAUUCCUACAAAUAUUUCAGUCAAGGACUCAGGCCAGUUCCUAAGUUUAUCAUAGUAAUUUGUCACUUGUAGGGGAAAAAGGGGGAACAUUUCCUUUCAAGUAUGUGCAGUACCUCCUGUGACAACUGAUUUGCCAGAGAUUUGCCUACAGGAUUCUGCGGCUAUACAUGUUACUUAGUGUAUGUAUGGUAUAUGUGGUAUGUAUAUCACACAUACACACACUGCAGUGGGUGUGAAUGGAUGUGGAUAGAAACCCACACACACACACUCCAGUCUGUAAAUAUCCUUCCUCACUGAAAACUGUGCUUUGGAAAUCAUUUCUUGUACAGCUGUGCAGUUUCUUGUAGCAGCUGAGGACAAGCUAAGACAGGUGGACGAUCUCGACAAAGAUCAUCUAAAAGAGAAUACAGAAUCUCCCUAGCAACUCAAGAGGACAGACAACCAAAUGGAAUGGUUGACUCCCAAUGGGACAGCAAACUUUUCUUCUCUCCUUUUUGAAUUUUUGUUUCCUAAGUGUAUCUUAACUUCCGAGUGCACCAGGCUGUACCCAUUAGAGCCUUUCAAUAUGACAGUUUUGUGCUUCUCUCUGACAGGAUGUCUCUCCAUUGAGCUGUAGUGCUGGGUGGGAGGGAGGAGAUACUUCCUUGCCUGAGCUGGAGUUUACAGAGACGCUGCACAGCUUACAACUCCUGUUAAGUGUAAAUAGUCAACAAUUCCAUUCCAUUUGUGUAAAAAAUAAAGCACACAUGAUUAUAAAAUCAAGAUGUAUAUUUCAUACUCAGUGUGUCUGUGCAUAUUUAUUGUGUUUCCAGUUGUCAGCAGUGGCCCCAUUGUAAAAACGCUUGAUAGAGUGUUUAUAAACAUGUCAUGGUUUUAUUAUAAGAUACAACUAUUAAAACAUUUUCUACUUUACAGCAAAUUAUUUUCUCCCAAAGCAUAAUUUGUCUUAUUUCAUAAAGAGUAGAAUCAUUCAUUUCUAUUUUUAUAAAUGUGGCAGAUUUCAGAGCUGAAGUGUAGUUCGAGUAGGUCUGCUCUAAGAAAUACUGGCAUUGCUGAGAAGAACUGCAAGUGGUGCUUUUACCUAUUUUUAAAUACUUGGUUACCAUCUUGCCUGCUUUUAAUCAGGAUUUUGCGGAGAGUGAACAAUGUAUUAAAAGAUAGGUUUUUUUUAUAGACCCUCACAUCUAUAUGAAACAAUCCCCUGGUCUCAAAAUUGUGAGAUCCCAGGAGAUACAAGAGGAUAGAGAAAAAUACUGUAUUCUUAUCUGAUACUUGUGAUGCAAAGAAAGGCACAAACUGGAGAGAAGGUGGCACUAUCGUUGAACACUGGGACCCUCAAAUCAUACUAGCUCCAAAGAUUUGAACAUACCAAAAUGUCAGGUUCAGGGACCUGAAACUGCCAGAUAAUGUUCUAAUUUCUUUGGUUAAACAUGUGCCCUGUACUGACAUGUAGACAGCACAGGUGUAGUGUAACAGCUAGAAUACUAACACAAAUUCCUCCUGAAGAAGGUGUGAAUUGUCACCAUCAAAGUGAUCACUUUGUGAUAUAUUUUCCUUCAUGAUAAACGAGCACAGAAAUGGAUCAGUCAUUCGGGAAGUGAAACUCAUUGGUUAUACCAUCCUGCCAGUCCCUGUGAGCCUGCCGGAGUCUCUGCCAGGUGUCCUGUCACUGUUCCGUGGGAACUUGGUGGCAGUGAGCAGAGAUCAGGGGCAGCAUAGAAAGGUUCUUGUGGAGGCUGCAAGCCCAAUGCAGGCCUCACAUUUCAAUAAUUAUUCCAUUUUUAACAUUUACACAAUCUCACCAGGUUUAAUAUGAAUGUUACACUACACAAAAGCCACAUUCACUCUAAUAAUGGGUAUGUUUAUUCAGAAAGGAAAAAAAGCUAGAACUUUUGACUUUUCUUUGUGUCAUAUUUCAUUUCCAUGUAACUAUUUUUUAAAACAUGAAAUCUCAGAAUCUCAAAAGCUAGAAGUGGACUGUACAUCUCUGAACCUAAGAGGGCAGAGCUACGAAUACAUGGUCUUUAUAAUUACUCUGAAAAUAAACAGCCAGUGACAGAAUUUAAAAGCUUCAGUGGGGUGCAAAGCUAAGGAACAUUGUUCAAGGGGCCACCAGCUUUCUCAGCACAACCAGACUCUUCGAAGUUAUUGGGAGACAAUGUUUCCUAGGCAUUAGGACGAUGUCUUCUCUGAGUCUCAAAACUCCAAUCAUUGUUCUGUGACUCACCUUUCCCUUAGGGUCAUUUCAGAAGGCACCACUGAUACCAUGAACCUGAUCUUCUCCCCCUUCUAAUGUUACAGCUAAUCUCAAAUCCAGAUUUUGUCUCUAACUACCCUUAGCUCCACUGGGGCAAAGCUAGAAUACUUGGGCAAAUUUCGUUAAAGACUGGGAAUAAUGAAAGGGAAAUAACCAGAUAAUAUGAAUUAUGGGAUGGCUCAGGGCCCAACUUCUGGCCAGCUACCAGUGACAGAGGCCAUCUCUUCCCCCACCACCUAGGAGUCCCUCAGCCACAGCCCUGAGAGGGACUGCAUCCAUGCCUGCCUGACUGCCACAUGAGCUGCUGGUGUCUCCACCCCCCUGUGCUCCCACAUACUAGAAUACAAAUGGGGGUGAGUC